GUUACGUCACUCCGGCUUCCACAGGCUGCAGGAUGGGGUUGCUGUCAGUGCUGAUUCCUCUCCUCAGGUUGUAUCUGUGUGGGAUCAAAGUUCUGCUCUACCAAAUGUUCAACCGAACCUUCGCGAUGCCAGCCUUACCAAAGCAAAAGGGAAGGGUUGCCAUAGUGACUGGAGCUACCAGAGGAAUGGGGUUUGAGACUGCAAGACACCUGGCAAACCUGGGCAUGCAUGUGAUCAUAGCUGGGAACGAGCCAGAAGAGGGCGCUGCAGCUGUCAGGAAGAUAAAUGAAGAAUGCAAUGAAGGAGAAGCUGAGUUUGUCUUUGUGGACCUGACCUCCCUGAAAUCAGUCAGGCAGUUUGUCCAGAAGUUCAGAGACAGAUCUCUGCCUCUGCAUGUUCUCAUUAACAAUGCUGGAACCAUGCUGGUUCCUGAGAGACGGACAGAGGACGGCUUUGAAUUCCACUUCUGCCUGAACUACUUGAGCCACUUCCUGCUGACCAACAUGCUGCUGGACCUGCUGAAGACGUCUGGAAGGAAGGGUCGCUGCUCCAGAAUUAUCAACAUGGCCUCUGCCACACACUACGUAGGAGAAAUAAACCUAGACGACCUGAACAAGAGCAGAGCUGUCUACAGCUCCCAUGGUGCCUACUGCCAAAGCAAGUUGGCCCUGGUCCUCUUCACCUACUAUCUUCAAGAGCAGCUGACGUCUGGGGGAUUCUCUGUCACUGUCAAUGCUGUGGACCCUGGGAUGGUGGACACAGCACUGUACGAUAACCUCUGGACAUUAGCACAGAUGAUGAAGAAACCAGUGGCCAGUGUUCUGUUCAGGACUCCAGCAGAGGGAGCCUCCAUAUCGGUGUAUGCUGCAGCUGCCUCUGAGAUGGAAGGAGUGGGCAGCUGUUACCUGUACAAUGGUCAGAAGACGCAGUCCUCUGAUCUGUCCUACGACUCUGAGCUGCAGGCCAAGCUGUGGACAAAGAGCUGCGAGCUUGUGGGACUCCAGGCCUGAUACCUUACGCAAACAGAGGGAGCCUGAGGCCUUCCUCUGAUGCAGAUGGGUUGGUCCAAACGGUUUUCCAUGUGGAUCUGCUUCCUUUGAGGAUGUCUCCAACCACCACUCACUGAGAGUGUCUGUAAUCAGAACUUUGACUAUGUUGAUGAUGAUAAUAAUAAUAAUAAUGGAGGAACUGGGUUCCUGUCUAAGAAAGAAAUUCAAAUAAUUGACUUGGAGGUCUCCCAUGUCCGCAAUGGUCCUCCUUUAUUGACCCUUCGCAGCUAUGUCAUCCAAUCACGUUGAGGCACUAUGACGAUUGUCGGAAAUCACAUCAGGAGCAACUUUGAUUGUUUCCCAAAUUGUUCUUGCCAAUACAGACAUGACUUCUAGUUGUUCAGAAGAAGACAUUUUAUUUAUGUUGCACUUCUUCAGCAACCAGGCAGUUCAAAGUGUCCAGUCAAGUUCUGCAGAACCUGAUUGUUCCCAGAAGAAUGAAUCAGGCUGUAAAGAUGGUGGUAUUUAUGAAAGUUGGAAACGGCUAGCUUAGAAAUCGGCCCAUGCCUUCUCCCUCCUGACGUGUUUGUUGAUUUGAUCAAUUGCCGACUUUGCCUGAAGUCAUAGCACAUGACUUAUGCAACUAUGUCGUAAAGGGCAUUUCCCUUUAACAGUGUAAAAUCUAGAUUCUUAUCAGUUUUUUUGGUACGUGGUUGGCUACAUUAUGUUUUUCCUUGAUGGUUGCUAAUGAUUAGAAGGAUACAUUCUUUCCAUAGUACAACAUUUCAUUGCAUCUUACUAAUACUGCUUAAUUACAAAGUGUAAAUGAACAUUAAUCUUCUUGCAGCAAGAAGAUUAAUGUCAAGCAACACUUGCUAUCAUCGCCAUCUUGUUUCAAAUCCAUCAAAAGUUUGGUUUGGAUCCUAAUCUGAGCAGCAUCUGUGACUAUUGGACUGUGACAUCAACUGAGUGAUUUUUGAUUUUUUUUGGACAAUCUCUACAGGAGUCAAUAUACAGAGAAGUUAUUUUGAUAUCCAUCAUGCCUAAGAGCACGGCAUCUCAUGCAAAGGGUCAAAAGAUCAUACUGAACUACUGCCAGCUUUAAUCUCUGUGGUGAUUUUAUGCUCAUGUUCUGUUCAAUGUGACUCAAACAAAUCCCACUAAUUAUGCAGAGAAAUCAAAUAUGUACCUUUUUUUUCACAAGCCAGCAAUUAUGCAGCCUCAUGAUUUUAACUGACCUUACUUCCAGAGUGACUUGACCUUUGACUGUAAAACUCUUCAGUUACAUACCACAGUGCUUCAGAAGCCUUUACAGCCUGAUUUAUUCUUCUGAGGACAAAGAUCCUGUUGCCUUAAGAUGAUGUCUGCCACUUUGACACACAUACUGUCAUUUUGAAUAAAGUUUGCAGACCAUUAUUUCCACAUA